AUGUACCGAAGUGAAAUAGAGGAUGAAAAGUAUGAAGAUCCAAAAUUUAGGCCCAAGAUUGCCUCCCUCAUGAACAAAAACUCUUCACUAGACAUCGAGACUCAAACUCUGUGGAAGAAGUUCACAUGGAAAAGGCCUGAGGAUAUCUUCAAAGGGGCCUAUCAAGUCUUUGAAGAUGAUGUCGAAAUGCAGGACAUCAAGCAAGGAGCACUUGGAAACUGCUAUUUCUUGUCCUCUCUCGCAGCCAUGGCUAUUGAUCCAACAAGAAUCAGAGAUCUCUUCGUAACUAAAACUGUGAAUUUGCAAGGAAAAUAUAUAGUCAAAUUAUAUCUUGACGGUGUUCAGAGAGAAGUGACAAUCGAUGAUUACUUCCCUUAUGACCCUAUUACAAAAAAACCUGCUUUUAGUCAGACCAAUGGAAAUGAACUCUGGGUCUUGAUCCUUGAGAAAGCAUGGGCAAAAAUCAAUGGGAACUACGAAAAUACAAUUGGAGGCCUCACUCAUGACUCAUUGAGCUUUCUCAUCCCAGCUCCAUCUACCAGCUUAGAUCACUGAUAUCCAUCAAUGUCUGAUCAAGAGCAGUGGAAAUAUAUGGAUGAAUGAGAAAACAAGGGCCAUAUUGUUUGUGGUAGUUCUCAGUCUCCUAACCAGAAAGAAGAAGUCGGAAACAGAGGCAUCGUCACAAUGCAUGCUUACACCAUAAGCAAAAUCAUUGAGCUUAAGACUAGCACUGAAGGUAUCAUCAAACUUAUCAAAAUGCGAAACCCUUGGGGCCACACAGAGUGGGACGGUGACUGGUCUGACAAAUCAUCCAAAUGGACACCCAAGCUAAGGAAAAGACUUGACCAUUAUGAUAAAGAUGACGGAGAGUUUUUUAUCAAAUACGAAGAUUAUCUUGAAUAUUAUGGAAAUACCACAAUCACUCAUUAUGAGCCUCACUAUGAAUACCAGUGUUUGCAAGUUAAGCAAGCAAGAUCGUCUUAUACUUUUGUUGAAAUAGAUGUUGAUAUGGAAAGUCACUUCUAUUUCUAUGUUCAACAAAAUAACCCAAGAUUGAUGGUGCAGGCAUUCAAAGACUUGAGAGCAUCUCCGUCUCACAUAAUAAUCGCUAAAGUAGUCAAAGAGAGCUCCACAGGAGACCGAGAAUUCGAGUAUGUAGAUGGGGCAUACAGCCUCGAUAGGGUUCUGCUCUGGAACUCCAAAGAUCACAUAGAUACUGGAAAAUAUGUAAUUUUCAUCGAAGUCGAUUGGACUAAAGAGUCUAAAAUCCAUGAAUAUUCUCUCUGUCUCUACUCAGACAAUGAUCUCAAGAUGGAGCUCGGCUCAACUAGUGGAGUUAAUCAAGGGUUCCUCGAAUCAGUAAUGAAGUCUUGAGCUAAAUAGGUCUGAAAAAUAUACUUACAAAGAUUUUGGAGCCCCCGACAUCUCUAGAUAUAUGUCCUUCAAAGAUCUAGGAACAGACUAUGGUUACAUUUACUACCAAAAUAACUCAAAAACAGCAAUCCUCGAAGAAAAAAUUAACUUUCCCGAAUUUGAAGGCCUUGAACUUCAAUUUCCUUUCUCAGGAUCGACUGUCAAUGUCACAGUUGAUCCUGGGGAAGAAGUCAUUUCUAUCGUUAAAAGAGUCGCUAACGCUUACAAAUACACCAGUGAAAUUUUCACCAAUAUUAAGGAUGGAGCAGUAGAUGAGGUUCAAGAGGCAAAAACCAAAGGAGAAAAGUUUGACCUUGCUGAAGGAGUUGCAAUAUAUUCCUUAUACUUCCAAGAUUCCUUUGUCCUUCAUUACGAAAGUACUAAUCCAAAGCAAUUCGAAGGCCAUUUUGAAUUCAACUUAACUAAUCUUAAAGUAAGAAAGGAGACGUUUAUCGAAGAUUACUCAGAAGAUAAGUUUAAGGUAGUUCUUAACCCAGGAGAGCAGUCAACAUACCACUUAGAUAUUGUGAAACCUUUUGAAGCCUGAAACUAUGCCUACAACUACAAGUACCUCCUCAAAAAUGCUAAUCCAAAACCAAAGAAGGAAAAGAGAGCAAAGAAGCCAAAGAAGGCCAAAAGAGCUCAUCACUAAAAUUCCAAAAUCUUA